AUGAGGCCGAGCGCAGAGAGGAGCAGCCCAGCGAGAUGGCGGCAGGUAUUGUUGGCUUUCCUGCUGUCUUUGUUACGAGGGGCUCUCCCGAAUCAAAUCCGCUAUUCAAUUCCCGAAGAGCUGGCCCAAAACUCGGUGGUAGGAAACCUCGCCAAGGAUCUGGGGCUCAGUGUGCAGGACUUGCCAGCCCGGAAGCUGCGGGUUAGCGCAGAGAAAGAAUAUUUCACUGUAAACCCUGAGAGUGGGGACUUAAUUGUGAGUGACAGAAUAGACCGAGAGCAGAUAUGUGGAAAGAAGCCUCUGUGUAUUCUGGAUUUCGAUACUGUCGCUGAAAACCCACUAAAUAUUUUCCAUGUAGCAGUAAUAGUGCAGGAUAUAAAUGACAACACCCCACUAUUCAAACAGAGUAAGAUUGAAUUAAAAAUUGUAGAAUCCACCAAGCCGGGUAAAACAUUUCCACUAGACCCGGCCCUGGAUUCAGAUGCUGGUCCGAAUUCACUGCAAAGAUACCAUCUUAAUGACAAUGAGCACUUUGAUCUAGCAGAGAAACAAACUGCAGAUGGACGUAAAUAUCCUGAGUUGGUUCUGAAACAUUCUUUAGACAGAGAAGAACAGAAUUUCCAUCAAUUGGUUCUAACAGCCGUGGAUGGUGGGGACCCACCCCAAAGUGGCACCACCCAGAUCCAAAUUCAAGUGACCGAUGCCAACGAUAACCCCCCAGUGUUCGUCCAGGAUAUAUACAAGGUCAGCUUGCAGGAAGGUGUGCCCCCGGGAUUCUCUGUGCUUCAAGUAACUGCUACUGACCAGGACGAGGGUGUCAAUGCAGAGAUCACCUACUCCUUUCAUAAUGUGGACGAACUAGUGGAACAGUUCUUUAACUUAGAUAAAAGAACAGGAGAAAUCACGACAAAGGAUGAUUUUGAUUUUGAAAUUGCUAAUAGUUACACUUUCAGUGUAGAAGCAAAAGAUCCUGGAGAUCUAGCAGCCCACUGCAGUAUCCAAGUUGAAAUUCUCGAUGAGAAUGAUUGUGCACCUGAAGUGAUUAUCACUUCAGUAUUUACUCCCCUACCAGAAGAUUCACCACCAGGAACUGUGAUUGCCUUGAUAAAAACAAGAGAUAGAGACUCUGGAGAAAAUGGAGAAGUUUACUGCCGCCUCUUGGGAAACGUUGAGUUUAUACUGAAAUCUUACUCGAAGAACUAUUACAAGCUAGUGACAGAUGGGCCCCUGGACCGGGAGGAGAUUCCGGAAUACAACAUCACUGUAUUGGCCACCGACAGGGGAAAGCCGCCCCUCUCCUCUAGUAUAAGCAUCACUCUGCAGGUCGCAGAUGUCAACGACAACGCGCCAGUUUUCGAACAAGCUUUCUAUUUGGUCCACAUUGCCGAGAACAACCCUCCGGGUGCCUCCAUUGCCCAAGUCAGCGCCUCGGACCCCGACCUG